AUCCACCUCUCCUGUGUACAAGGAACACCUCCACUGGUGAUCAGCCUUUGCCUGUGUUUGUCUUGUGGAGAAGCAGCAGCACCUUUUCAGGAGUGGGUUUUUUAUUCAACAAGAAGUCCUGAAGGUUUUGGAUGCGGUGCUUCAGGGAUGUGGGCACUUUGAGAGCAGCAUCACCCACAAACACAAACAACUGCCAUCGAUUUUUCUGUGAAUAGCACAAAAAAAAAAGAAAAAAACAAAGAGGAACAAUAGCAACACAAAAAAUCUUGUCUAUUGAACAAUUCACUUUUCCAGUCUGUGGAUACCGCUCUAACUAAGUACAGCACUUUGAGAAUUGUUCACAUCGGACGGACUGAAGAGGGAGGCAAGACCUGUGGACCGGGUUUUCCCUCGCAAGUCUGAAUCGGCUCGCGCUACUUAUCCCGAGAAGAAAAAAAACAGCAACCCUAAAGGAUAACACGCUUUGGACGUUUUAUUUCCCUAAUUUCGCAGGAGGCUCUUUUUUUCCACGCAAAUUGUCCUAAAUGUUUGGGAUUCAGGAAACUAUACCGCGGGGUGGGACGACGAUGAAGGAGGAACCGCUGGGUGGACUGAACUCGGUCCGCUCCUGGAUGCACACAGCUGGGGUGGUGGAUGCAAACACAGCCGCCCAAAGCGGUGUCGGCUUGGCACGGGCACAUUAUGAAAAGCAGCCCCCUUCCAACCUCAGAAAAUCCAAUUUUUUCCAUUUCGUCCUGGCGCUGUAUGACAGACAGGGUCAGCCGGUGGAGAUCGAAAGGACAGCUUUUGUGGACUUUGUGGAGAAAGAAAAAGAACCAACCAGUGAAAAAACUAACAAUGGGAUACAUUACAAACUACAGUUAUUGUACAGCAAUGGCGUCAGAACAGAACAGGAUCUUUACAUACGGUUAAUCGAUUCCAUGACGAAGCAGGCCAUAAUUUAUGAGGGCCAAGACAAGAAUCCAGAAAUGUGCAGAGUUCUUCUUACUCAUGAAAUUAUGUGCAGCCGAUGCUGCGACAAGAAAAGCUGUGGAAACAGGAACGAGACUCCAUCAGACCCUGUGAUCAUUGACAGAUUCUUCUUAAAGUUCUUCCUCAAGUGCAAUCAGAACUGUCUGAAGAAUGCAGGGAAUCCACGAGACAUGCGCAGAUUCCAGGUUGUCGUAUCGACGACCGUCAACGUGGACGGCCACGUCUUGGCUGUCUCCGACAACAUGUUCGUACACAACAAUUCCAAGCACGGGCGAAGGGCUCGCAGACUCGACCCUUCAGAAGCAGCCACCCCGUGCAUCAAGGCUAUCAGCCCAAGCGAGGGAUGGACCACUGGUGGAGCCACUGUCAUCAUCAUAGGGGACAACUUCUUUGAUGGCCUACAAGUCGUGUUUGGCACCAUGCUCGUAUGGAGUGAGCUGAUAACUCCCCACGCCAUCCGCGUCCAGACUCCACCUCGACACAUCCCUGGUGUUGUGGAAGUCACGCUGUCCUACAAGUCCAAGCAGUUCUGCAAAGGUGCCCCCGGGAGAUUUGUCUACACUGCCCUGAACGAGCCAACCAUCGACUAUGGUUUCCAGAGGCUGCAGAAGGUCAUCCCCAGACACCCUGGCGACCCUGAGAGGUUACCAAAGGAGGUGCUACUGAAGAGGGCGGCUGAUCUCGUUGAAGCCCUGUAUGGAAUGCCCCACAACAAUCAGGAGAUCAUUCUGAAGAGGGCAGCUGACAUCGCCGAGGCCCUGUACAGCGUUCCCCGCAACCACAACCAGAUCCCCUCGCUCGCUAACACAGCCUCCCACGGCAUGAUGGGAGUCAACUCCUUCAGCAGCCAGCUAGCAGUCAAUGUGUCUGAGUCACAAGGGAAUGACCAAGUGGGUUACAGCCGGAACACCAGCAGCGUGUCCCCCCGGGGCUACAUCUCCAGCAGCACCCCGCAGCAGUCGAGCUACAACACCGUCAGCAACAGCAUGAAUGGCUACGGCAACGCCGGUAUGAACCUGGGAGUGCCAAGCUCCCCUGGGUUCCUCAACGGAUCCUCUGCCAACUCCCCAUAUGGAAUUAAACAAAAGAGCGCCUUCGCCCCUGUGGUCCGACCCCAGGCCUCCCCACCCCCCUCCUGCACCAGCGCCAACGGCAACGGACUGCAAGCCAUGUCCGGCCUGGUCGUCCCUCCAAUGUAAAUGCACUUUCAUCAUCUCAAGCACCAGUCAACACACUACUACCACUUCACAGGACACCCCCCCACCCCCCCCCCCCCCCAACCCCCUCUACUCCCCCAGCGCACAGCCAAACGCUGGUGUAAUGUAUAGUACCGCUCGUUCCGUUUUUAAACAUGAAGAAAAAAAGAAACAAUUUUUUUUUUUCUUUGAAAUGACUUUUAAAAAACCUGCAGAGAAAAAGGAUUCCAUGCAGAACAAUCAUCUUUUUUUUUUUCUGUGGGAGUUUUUUUCCGUUUCAUUAUGCACCCUCUCUCUCUCUAUAUCCCCACAAACACACACACACACAUGCACUCAAACACCAAUGUACCACCCUUGAAGAGGACACGGGAUGAUGAAGGGUUUAUUUUGUAUACCUGUCUGGUUGUGCUUCUUGGACACGUCCAAUCAACCACGCAUUGAUACUGGAAGGGACUCUGUGGACUCAGCAUCUGGUUGUAAAGUAAAAACACUGAUGUACAGUACAUUUGCCAACGAACUCCAGAAAUCGUUUUUUCUGUUUCAACUCUCUUUUAAUAGAUCCACAACAGUUGUGUGUCUUUAUAAUGUGACUUUUUUGUAUUUUUAUGUGUGAGAAAAAUUACACAGGGGCCAAGACAAUUUCAACUGGAAAAUAUAUGAGAUAUAUAAAUGUAAGAAAAUUGAUCAUAAAAGUACAACAAAUAGGAGUUAAAAAAGGGGCGGGGCUGGGUGGGUAAGGUUGUAUCAUGUUUCAUUCCUGCAUUUUAACUUAAAUUUUGUAAUUUAUUGUAGCUAGAAAUCAUCUUCAAAAGUGAAAAAAAAUCCUCUUUGAUUCAACAAGCACACUGACGUGUACAAAACACUGCUCUGUUGAUGAAUAUGAUGUACUUCCAUGUCUAGAGCUUCCUUUUAAGCAAGUGUGUUUUGCCAUGUUUUUCAACUUUUUUGCUAGCACUGUAUAUUAAUGCAUUCCUAGGCUACUGUGAAGUCUGUUUCUUGUUGAUGAGGAGCAGUCUCCCCCUUCUAGCUCCAACUCCCUUCUGUGUUUUCUAUGUGGUUAAAAAAAUUGUAGACUAUUGUGAUAUUGCCAAACUUGUGCUAAAUAUUUAUACAUCUGUCUUUUUCAUGUUCUUUUAGAUCAACAAAAAAAUGUUAAAAAAAAAAGAAAACUCAUUGAGAAUGUAGGAGUAAAGUAGUUCAUCGUCAUCUUUCUGUUCCAACACACACUUGCGCUCACUGAGGGAAAUUUUGUAACAUAUCAACUAUAAAUAAUGUAUUUAUCUCUGAAAUUUUGUAUAUUGCUUUUCAUUAUGUAUGUAUUAAUCGUCAUGCCCUUAAUAUAGUGAUGCAGCACAGAUAAUUCAGCCAAGAACUGUUGCCUUCAUUUGUUUUCUUUUUGUAUUUGAUGAAAUGCAAUGUGCAUAUAUUUCACGUGUAUCCUCAAAAAUUUGUGUUACUCCGUCAAGACUCUCUGUCCAUUUUUUUAAAGGGGAAGUCAAACUUCAUUGUUUAUUUUUAUAUUGAUUUUAAAUUAUCUAUACAGACCAUUUUUGGAGAAAACUUUGUUGGUUGUAUUGUCAAAUAAAUUGUUUGUGACCCAUAUGAUAGUUGUUAAGAUCCAAUAGAGACUAAUGUGCAUGAGGGACAACCUUGGAGCUAAAAAAAACACUCCAUUUGUGGUUGUAUUUUUUUCUGUUUUGUAGAAUGUAUAGAAGUCAUUUUUACUCACCACUUACGACUCUGCCACAUAGCUUACAUGUGUUUACAGGGAAGAAAAAUUUAAAAAUGUCAACAUUUGGAAUGGAAACAGAAAUGAAUAAGUGAUGUUUUAUUAAAAUUUUCAGUAAAAACACAAUAGCUCCUCAACUGUGGACUUCCUUCGGUUUUAAAGAGCAGUUUGGCUGGCAGACAAACUGACCCUCAGGACACAGAGAGAGAGACAGUAGACGCUCCUGAGGACAAACCUGUGAUACGUCUGUAAGUUGUAGUGUUUAGACUUUGCCAUAGAGAUAACUGUUUGAAACCUGUGGAAAAGUGUAACAUCCAUAAAAGAUGAAAACUGC